AUGUAUGCGCUGCGCAGACCACACGCAGACAUUGAGCUUCGCAGACUAUUAUUUGGUAGCGUGCACGAAAAGCUUCCCGUGAUGGGAAGCAACUGUAGUACACAUUUUCUGAAUUUUGGAAGCAUGUUUAGUACAGCAGAGCCUCAUAUUAGAAAUGACCGUUGGGAUGAGGAGAGCUCGCAGUGGGAAGGUGAGGAUUAUGCUGCAGGGAGUGACUCUGAUGGCAAUCUGCGUAGCCCUUUAAUCUCACGUCGAACAGCUAGCUCUGGCAGUACUCCAAGCAUGAGACGUCACAGCACUCUUGUGCAAGAUGUUGUAGAAUCGGUUGGUAGCACAGGAAUUGGAGGUGGUUGGCAGUUGGCAUGGAAAUGGUCCGAGACAGAAGAUGGGGAUGGGAAGAAGGAAGGAGGGUUUAAAAGGAUUUAUUUGCACGAGCAGGGAAUCUUGCUAUCUCGACGUGAGUCCCGUGCAUCAGUUUCAGUUAAUGAUACGCCUGCAGAAGGUGAGUUUAUCCAGGCUUCAGCCAUAGUGAGCCAAUCUGCCCUUUAUUCCGAAGAACUCAAGGAUCAGCCUCCUGUUGAACCAGCAAUGGUUCAUCCAGCUGAAACUGCCUCAAAAGGACCAGUUUGGGCUGCUCUCCUUGACCCAGGAGUGAAACGCGCGCUAUUAAUCGGGGUUGGGAUUCAGAUACUUCAGCAGCUCUCUGGCAUAAAUGGAGUUCUCAACUACACUCCUCAAAUUCUUGGAGAGGCGGGCGUUGAAGUGCUUCUUUCGAACUUGGGGCCUAGUUCAUAUUCUGCAUCAUUUCUUAUUAGUGCAUUCGCAACCUUGCUGAUGCUGCCCUGCAUAGGUGUAGCCAUGAAACUAAUGGAUAUAUCAGGCAGAAGGCGGCUGCUACUCACCACGAUCCCUGUUGUUCUGGUGUCACUAAUCAUCCUAGUGUUCAGUGUGAUAGUGAAAUUGGGCACCGUAGUGAAUGCUGCCAUCUCAACUGCAUGUGUGAUGGUCUACCUCUGCUUCUUCGUGAUGGGAUACGGACCGAAUAUCCUCUGCUCUGAGAUCUUUCCAAUGAGGGUCCGCGGCCUUUGUAUCGCUAUCUGUGUUUUGAUUGCCUGGAUCGGAGACAUCAUUGUUAGUUACACCAUGCCGAUGAUGCUCAGUCCUAUAGGUCUCGUCGGCAUCUUCGGGUUAUACGCCGUCGUGUGUGUGGUGUCUUGGGUGUUUGUGUUCUUGAAAGUCCCAGAGACGAAAGGAAUGCCGCUCGAAGUCAUUACCGAGUUCUUUGCUGUUGGUGCGAGACAGGCUGAAAAGAAUGAGUAAUAUCAGCUGUUAAGGUUUCAUCAUUUUUGUUGCACUGUAAAUGAGAAUCUCUUUUGAUUCAAACAU